AUGAUCAAGAUGGAAAGACUUUUUAUUCUGAGGUAUGCACUCGUGAGCCCGAAGGGUGCACAGCAAGGCCGACUCGAACAACAAACUGUAAAACCCAGUAUCCCAGAAAGCGCUCAAAAAGAAGCCCCAAGUAUGCUUGCAUUUGAAGAACCUUCCGAACCUCGACCUCAGGUCUUCACUACGCAUUAUCAGCAAAAUUGGCCCCAGCAAGGCGAUCACAUAGUAAUCAAUGAGCCUAUUCAGAGCCACAGUAAAAUGUUUGAAAACUAUGAAGACAUAAAACAGCAACCUAUAUCUUGGUUUAGCAAUCUCCAAAAUAAUGUCCUUGCACAUCAAGACCUAUCUCACCUAUCGUCCCAAGAUGUAGAUACCGCUCAGUUAAUUGGAGCAGCAUUGAGAGUAAAAGACAUUCGCCUCUUGGAAGCAGUACGGUACAUCUGUAUCCUAGAAUUGUAA